UCCUGUCGUCUGAACUUCAACGAUGAUCAUGAACGUAAAUGGGGAAAAAUGAAUAUGUGUGAUUUUUUACUACUUAUCUAAAGUUAUGAUAUAUCAGACGUGCUUUCUGCUAAUUGUCUGUUUGGCCCCGUCAGCGAUUGGGCUGUUUGACUGGAUUUUUGGUUCAGAUACGUCAAGUAGCGAUGGAAAAUUACGAGGUCUCGUUCCGAAGAAUGCCAAUUUUGAAAUGCAGUCAACAGACGAGCAGUUCCUCACGGAGUUUUCAAAAUAUCUCAUGGAGACAGAAGUAGAAUCUCAGCUAGGAUACUGUUUUCACAAAGUGAUUUACAGAUACACAGCAAAAAUCAAAUGUAGCCAGUUGACCGAGGAGGAAAUGAGUAAGCUUGCCGUUCACUUACUAAACUGUCAAUCACAGUCAGAGAACAGACAGAUUUUCACGUGCACAGACACUAUGACUCUAGGUCAAUGUACAGAGAACAUGGAUGGCUCUACAUGGAAUGCAUAUCACUUGAUGAAUAAUCGAGCACGUGCAAUGUGCUACGCAACCCAGCAACAACACUUUCGUAAAAUGACAGAAAUGGCUGUUACAAAGCUAGCAGUCUCUGCUAAAAGUCAGUUGCGAGCCAUGGAUAAUUUAGAGAAAGGACAAGAAACUCUUCAUUCCUUGACAACUGACACGGUUCAGAAGUUGUAUGAGAGCCAACAGGACCUACUAGGAACUCAUAGGGAAUUACAGAUAGCCCACCAAGAUGUCAUGGAGCAUGUCACAUCUAACAUCGACAAUCUAGUGAAAGAAAAAUCUCUGAUUGCUGCGGGAAACAAGGAGCUGGCAGAUAUGACAGAAAGUAUCAAGAAUAAAUUAGAACUCACAACAAGCACCCUGACAGAACAGGAUAAUGAUCAGAAGAAAAACCAUAUGCAGAUCAUGGAAGAUUUGAAUAGAAUCCGUGUCAAAGCACAGGAGGCGUUAUCCAAGCUCGACAACAGUUCUAAGUAUUUCCUCAAGAAUCACAAGGAGACAAUGGUACACUACCAGCUGUUGUAUGAGAACAUCAUCAAAAUCAACAGUACUGUAGGCAACCUACUGUCUACAGUCAGUAUCAUGCAGGAUAAGCUGGAUAAGAAGAUUGGCUGGUUUACACAUAUCUUAGGAGCAACUGAGGAGAAGCUAUCAUUCCUGCUAAUUUUAGGCCAACAUAUUGGAUUCUUUCUUGUCAUGGCAUUGGUUGUCGCCUUUCUACAAAUCCCAAGGUUUUCCAGACUGGCAUUACUGAUGGGUGUGGCUACCAGCACAGUGUUAGAACUCCAGUUUGAGUACACUGUUGGAUUCCAGCAACUCACAGCAUUUUGCAUUGCUAUCAUUGGGGGCAAUUGUUUUUACCAUGUUUGGAAGCAGAAAAACUCAACAUCAUCACCAAGGCUUUUUGCUCUAAAUGACCAAACACAUUUAAGGGGAGACAACUCUCUGUAUCCAGAUUUCACAGCCGAUGGCCUCAGGGAGCUGAACACAACUCUUGGAAGAUUGUGUCAAUCAUUGAAUGAGAGUUUACAUGAGAUGAGUACAAGAGACGGACAGACAUCUGUAGACAGACCUGCAGAUAACAUUCCAACACCAAGACCAGACUCCUCAACAAUGCCAGAUGAUUUAGAAAAUGUUCGGCGUUACAUCAAUGAAUUAGACGACAGACUAUCUACUUCCUCACGCCAGUCUGCCACUCCGAUACCUUCGACAUCAUUCAGACAUGCAUCCAGAUCAUCCACUCCGUUGAGUACAGCCAGUUCUCGGUGUAUGGGUACGACCAGAUCAGGGACACCAUGUCGUCUUCAGUCACCACCAGGCAAUGAUUUCUGUCACAGACAUCGCCAGGGACAGGGCAGCUAACCCAACAUAAUCCCUAACUUACCGUUUUUAUACUGUAAUAGGUCCAAGGGGUUAAACAUUGAUUGGAAGUAGGGGAAGGGAUAAUUAAUUACAAGACAAUGAAAUAGCAUUUUGUCUGCAACUUUACUUAACUUAAAUACACAUGGGUGGACAUGUAACCUGGUCUUAUUGCAGGAUAGAUACGGUAAGGCAUUCCAUACAAAGAUAUUGACACUACCUUUCAUAAAUGAUGUGCAUUCCAUCUUGUCUGUGACUAUUCCUCUGCAAAUUAAUGGCAGAUCUCUUUAUCUCAACAAUGAUUUCUUGUCCUACAAGCUAUCUGUAAAACCAGUGCAAUAAGUCUUAACAUGAUCAUAAAUUCCUAUCAUUGAACAAAUUAGUACAUGAAAGGUGCUUUUUUCAUAUUUAAGCUCUUAUUUGAGUUGAGAUUAUGCACACAAAUCGGUUCAUCAAUUUUAAAAUUGAGCAUUUCAGGCAUAAAUCUUGAUAGAUCUCCCAACAGAAAUAUUUAUACAAGCAUUAAAGUUUUUGUCUGAGCUUAACAGAAAUUGAAAUAAAAUCACUAGGUCCAUCAUCAUUUUAUAAAAUCCAAAGUGUUUGGGUCACAAUAAAGAAAACAGCCUCAGUAUCAUAUUUUUAUUCCUGUGUUGAAGCUCCUAAUUGUUGUUGAUCAUGAUCAUACAAUUUGUAUUAACAGAGGUACAUCAAAAAGAUGCUUCUUAGAAAUUAUGCUUGAAUUCCAUCAACUGUUAUCAAAAAUAUUGUAUAAAUGUUGGAAUAGGAAACAUUGUAUAUCCCUAAAAAUAUCUAAUACUUGUUAAUAUUGAACACCUUUGUUUAUAUACAUUGUAUAUUGCUAUCAUACCAAUAUACUUC